GGCAGGAGCAGGCGGCUCGGCCGGCAGCGAUUACCCAGGGUUUCCGGUGCGAGGCCAGAGCGGGCGAAGCUGUCGGGAGGUCGGCAGUGAGGAUCUGUUCCCAGCCUAGCAUUGCAAACCACAAUGAAGAACCAAGACAAAAAGAAUGGGGCUGCUAAGCAGUCGGGCAACACUUCCAACCCAAAAACCAACCCGGGGCAAGCGGAAGCAGGACCAGAGGGAACCCAGGGGCGGCCCAGUCAGCCGGCUCCUGCGACAGAAGCCGAAGGUUCCUCCAGCCACGCUCCGGGGAAGACUGAGGGAGCACAAGCCAAAACUGCUCAGUCUGGGGCCCUCCGUGAUGUCUCUGAGGAGCUGAGCCGCCAGUUGGAAGACAUCCUGAGUACAUACUGUGUGGACAACAAUCAGGGGGGCCCAGGUGAGGAUGGGGCACAGGGUGAGCCUGCUGAACCCGAAGAUGCAGACAAGUCCCGGACCUAUGCUUCGCGGAAUGGGGAGCCUGAGCCAGAGACCCCAGUAGUCAAUGGUGAGAAGGAGACCUCCAAGGGGGAGCCGGGUACAGAUGAGAUCCGGGCAAGUGACGAGGUUGGAGACCGAGAUCACCGAAGGCCGCAGGAGAAGAAGAAAGCCAAGGGUCUGGGGAAGGAGAUCACGUUGCUGAUGCAGACACUGAACACGCUGAGCACCCCAGAGGAGAAGCUCGCAGCUCUGUGCAAGAAGUAUGCCGAACUGCUGGAGGAGCACCGGAACUCCCAGAAGCAGAUGAAGCUGCUGCAGAAGAAGCAGAGCCAGCUGGUGCAGGAGAAGGACCACCUGCGCGGGGAGCACAGCAAGGCCGUGCUGGCCCGCAGCAAGCUGGAGAGCCUGUGCCGUGAGCUACAGCGCCACAACCGCUCGCUCAAGGAAGAAGGCGUGCAGCGGGCCCGGGAGGAAGAGGAGAAGCGCAAGGAGGUGACCUCACACUUCCAGGUGACGCUGAACGACAUUCAACUGCAGAUGGAACAGCACAAUGAGCGUAACUCCAAGCUGCGCCAGGAGAACAUGGAGCUGGCAGAGAGGCUCAAGAAGCUGAUCGAGCAGUACGAGCUCCGGGAGGAGCAUAUCGACAAAGUCUUCAAACACAAGGACCUGCAGCAGCAGCUGGUGGAUGCCAAGCUCCAGCAGGCCCAAGAGAUGCUGAAGGAGGCAGAGGAGAGGCACCAGCGGGAGAAGGAUUUUCUCCUCAAAGAGGCAGUGGAGUCCCAGAGGAUGUGCGAGCUGAUGAAGCAGCAGGAGACCCACCUGAAGCAGCAGCUGGCCCUAUACACAGAGAAGUUUGAGGAAUUCCAGAACACUCUUUCCAAAAGCAGUGAGGUGUUCACCACAUUCAAACAGGAGAUGGAGAAGAUGACUAAGAAGAUCAAGAAGCUGGAGAAAGAAACCACCAUGUACCGGUCCCGGUGGGAAAGCAGCAACAAGGCCUUGCUUGAGAUGGCUGAGGAGAAAACACUCCGGGACAAAGAGCUGGAGGGCCUACAGGUGAAAAUCCAGCGGCUGGAGAAGCUGUGCCGGGCGCUGCAGACAGAGCGCAACGACCUGAACAAAAGGGUACAGGACCUGAGUGCUGGUGGCCAGGGCUCCCUCCCUGACGGCGGCCCUGAGCGAAGACCGGAGGCUGCAACCGCCUCCAGGGAUCAGGGUUGUGAGGGUCCUGGAGCCCAAUCACCGAGCUCCCCGAGGGUCACAGAAGCUCCUUGCUGCCCUGGAGCAGUGAGCACAGAAACACCCGGCCAAGCGGGGCCCCAGGAGUCCACCUCCACCACCGCCUAGGGAACCUGGCACGGGGGGCGUGCUGGGAAGGGAGCAAGCAGCCCAGCCAGGCCUGGCCCAGGCAAGGCUCCCACCGCUAAGCAGUCCGGUGCUGAGGCCCAGGGUGCUCCGACCUGGCUGGCAUCUGACACUUGGCAGUUUUGGAUUUCGUGGGUCAGUGUUACAUACAUACGGCAUAUGUGCAAGGCCUCCUACCUUUCUGUCUCUUAAGUGGAACAUGGACUUGCACUGGAGGUGGGGGUGUGUACGGGUGAAGUCACUGGCUCUUCUGUGAGCUGAAGAGUCUGAAAGAGGAGCUGCCAUCUGUAGCUGCUGUCACAGUGAGCUGGCAGGACAAGUGACUUGAGCAUUCCCCUGCCUGACUUGAGGCUCAGAUACCCCCCUUCCUGCUCGUGAGGGCUUGUGACAAGUGAUACACUCAGGCCUUGACUGCAUUUCCCUCGUUAGCAGGGCUUGGGCAGCUCUGGCUCACCUAGCUCCCCUGGAAGCUCCUUUGCUUCUCUUAACCUGGAGAAAGGGGUCCCCGGGCGGGGCCCGCAGAGCUGGGGAUCCAACUGCUGUCCUGCUUUGGACGGGGGACCUGGAGAAAGUUGCUGUGGGCUGGUACACGGUUAGGGAGCCCUCAGGUGGUGCCAGGACCAGGCCAGCGAUGCUUCUCAGUAGCCUUAUCAUUCACAGGUGCCUCUCUAGCCUGCACAAAUGAUUGACAAGAGAUCCCCCAAAGGAUGCUUUCUGAAGGUUUCUGUUUUUUGUUUUUGUUUUGCACAUGACAGUAUGUGUAUUGAUCUGAGGAAGGAGGAGGGGCAUUGGCACAGUUGGCCUCCAGUGCCCCCCGCCCUCAACACCCCACCUGGUAUCUUUGCCACGUUGGUGCUGAGCUUUCCUGUUCGGUGAAAUCAGAUUGCAGUUAGGAGGAAGAGAAGGGCAUCUGAUGGUUUUGCCACAAGCUUGCCUAUGUGUUUCGGUCCUGGGAGGCCACUGCUGAUGCCCAUCACCACUGUCUCCAUGUGGCAGUUGCUGGGCCCCGUGCCCAACUGUCCCCUUGGCUUUUAGGAGUCUGUUUCUGCUUCUAACCCCACCGUUAAUGUGCAAUCCUUGAGAUUUGCCCUGGUCCCAUUGCCUAAAGAAUAAGCUGAAGUAUGUCCUUGAUGUCUCAGUUCCUGUGUGGAAGCCCCCAGCUCUUGUCUGGCAGCUGAGGGACAGAAUGAGACUUGACAGUUGAUGAGCCUCAGAAAUCUGCAGGACGGCUGCAGAUACUCGGGUCUGGUGCCCCCACACCCCCCAGUACUUGCUGCUCUGGACUGAAAAUUUUGCCAGUUGCAUAUUCAUCAGUCUGUACAGAGCAAUUUUCUGGAACAACAGAAUGAGGCGCGGGUUGGGAAGCUGGGCUCUGGUGGGCGUGAGGUCCUACACCCCGCCUCUGGCUGGGCCUCGGCUUCAGUGUAGCUGAGGGAGCCGUGGCCCCAGAGGCACAGGAUGGUGGAGCUUUUGUUUCUUGCUGGAUUUCCUUGAAGCUAGUUCAUUAUCCUGCAGGUCCCUUCAUCUUCAACAACCAGCCCGCUCUCCAUGCCUUUCACUUCAGUCCCUCACAUAAACAGGUUCGUGAAGAGUGCUCAGUGCGCGUGAAACACGUUAACGAUGUAGACCAGAGAUGGCACGGGACCAGCACACCAUUUUUCCUCUGCCCCCGUGGCAGGAGCCCCUGCUGGGCCGUGGAGUGUUUCCCGCUAACCCCUGCUGCAGCCAGCUCUCAGGAACCCCUGGCAGCCGGGACAAGUGUGGACACCUACUUGCCCUCCCUGGCUGAGCUCCUCUCCUGUGGACAAGUGUUUCCUAAGAUCUUGCCCUCUGAAAUGGCUAUAUCUGGAAUGGUCCCUGGAUCUGCCGUGUCCUUCCCCAAUAAGGCCUUCCUUCCCCCCCUCCUCCCCCCCCCCCCGCCCGGCCCUUUGUCAGGCUGAGACACACAACCGCGUACAGGGUGUGCUGGGCUCUGGAAGUGCAAGGAAGAGGCAAGCUGCUGCCUGGCCGGUUUCAAGAGCAGGAGGCGUGCGGUAGCCCACGCGAUUGUCUUGCUUGCUUCAGCCACCUCGUGGAGCCCACGGGGUUGAGGGGGACGGCUGUGGGGGACCACGACUGUGCAGCGCAGCCGCCCCCAGAGAGCCAGUCUAGCUGCUGUGGGGCUGCGGCGAGCAGGGUGGCCCCAGCCGUGUCUAGGCAUCCGGGCCAGGCUACAGAUGAGGCCCCCAUUGUCCCUCUCCCUCUCCUCCCCGUUGGCCAGACCACGCUGAGCACUACAGCGGCUCUGCUUGUUCUGCUUUCCGGCCCCGAGCCUGGGCCGGAUGCGGGGGAAGGUGGCCUGUCCAGAUGAAGGCCGGUGCCGUCCUCCCCAGGGCAGGGCCGGAGCACAUGACCUCAGUUUUGGGACCAAGAGCUGUGUUGGAUUCUUAGGUUGCUAGCGUUUCAGGGGACCACUGCAGGUGAGGCUCACCGCCCCGAGCCCUUGGCCCUGCUGACGUAACGUGUGCUCCAGACCUUGCCGGCCUGAGAGCCUCGCGUGCACCAGGUUCCCAGGAGGUAUCGGCAGCACUCGUUUUCUUUUGUUUUCCAUGAGGUUUUUGGACCAUGGGCUGAGCUCAGGCACUUUCUGUGAGAGGAUGUUCUGUCUGUAAAGAUGGUUAUCCCCACUCCCAUCACAGUGGCCCUGCUGAGGGCCAAUUGAGAGGCCAGUGGAACUGCCCUGCUGGCUGGGCGGGGGGGGGGGGGCGCGGCAAAGCCUACUGAGCUGAUUCUCCAGCUGCUGCCCAGGCCUCCCACCUGAACAGCACAGAGGUGGCCGCCCCAGGGACAGCCGGGCACCUGCCUGGGGGAGGGGUGCUGCCUUCUGUCCCUGUAACUGCUUCCCAUAUGGCCCAACCUGGCCACCCAGAUUUGUUUUAAAGCUGUGCUGACAGCCUUUUUUUUUUUUUUUGUCUCCUUUUGGUAUUCACAACAGCCAGGGACUUGAUUUUGAUGUAUUUUAAACCACGUUAAAUAAAGAGUCUG